CGACGUCCAUUAGUCUAUACAACACAUGAAGAUUUCACCGUAAGUGGGGCUUGGACAAUAAUACCCCUACUGCGACCACUCACGACAAAGUGCAAGGGCAGCGAUGUCCGGUGGGUGCUGUUCGUCGAACCCCACACUGCCGUUAGGUGUGGUAAGCUGUUUGAAGCGCUGGCUGCGGCUGAUGAACAUCAGGACACAAUGUGGAUAGGCUAUCCGCUAAGUGAUGAAGAGCCAACCAUUAUCCACCACUUCAUGUUCUAUGAAGAACUGGAGGACGAAGGUGGUUUUGUUUACCCAUAUUUUGCUAGUGGAUUCGCGAUGAGGAUAAAGCUUAUGGAAAAACUUCUAGAAGAAGUCGAAAGUGGCAAAAAGAAAUUGGAAGCAGAUUUUUCAAUAGACCCAGCCUUUGAAUUGGCACAGCUAGUCUACGGUGACAGGAACAACCCGGGACCUCUUCUCACUCCCGACCUAAGCUUCUGUAUCGUGUCCGGGGAGAACUGCGCUACAUAUCCGCGACAGUUUGAUUUAUGUGGUAGUCCCAUACCUGAGGAGACGAUCUAUUUCGCUGUGAAGACCUGGAGUGGAUUUCACUCGACGAGAACUAAGGUUGUGAAGAAGACGUGGGGCAAACAUGUCUCGAAUCUGUACUUUUUUAGCGAUGAAGCUGAUCCAUCCAUUCCAACAAUAGAUACGGGCGUACCAAAUACUAAAACCGGACAUUGUGCCAAAACCAUAGCCAUAUUGAAACGAGCGGUCAAAAUGGUGGAAGAAAUGCCGCACAUUAAAUGGAUAUUCUUAGCUGAUGACGAUACUAUUCUGGGCGUGCAGAGACUGUGCGAAGUGCUCAGCUGCUACCGGGGCGGGCAGGACCGCACUGUUAUCGGCGAGAGGUACGGCUAUGGCUACGGCAACAUAGAAACUGCCGCCAAAGGCUACGAGUACAUAACGGGCGGGGGCGGGACGGUGCUGAGCGUGGGCGCGGCGCGGGAGCUCCGCUCGUGCGCGUGCGCGACGCGCGCCGCUCCCGACGACAUGGCGCUGGGCGCAUGCGCACGACGACGCAACGUCACGCUCGCGCACUCGCCGCUCUUCCACCAGGCGCGGCCACAGGAUUACGCGCGGGAAGUGUUGGCGCGGGACCGGCCGGUUUCUUUCCACCGGCACUCGUCCCCCGACCCGCUGCGGGUGUACGCUACUUGGUUUCAACAUGAAGAUUUGGCGCUAAAGCGUAGAAAGAACAAAGAUGAACUUUAG